AUGAAACCUGCUGAUGUAACUGCUGCUAAUGAAAAAGAACUGCUGGAAAAAAUAUACAAACCUCUUCAAAGUCAGCAACAAGCACGAAAAAAUAAAUUCAAAGUCGGAGAUAAAAGAGUGCAGAAAACAAAUCCAACAACGUAUAAGCUUGUAGACUAUCAGGAUAAGCCAAUUGAAGGUGGAUUUUAUGCAGAAGAACUCAGCAAAGUCAAAUAUCCAGAUGUAUAUCUAGUGGAGAAAAUUGAAAAAAUACGCGGAAAUGAAUUGUAUGUAAAGUGGCUCGGCUUCGAUAGCUCCCACAACGGCUGGAUUGAAAAAUCUGAUCUGUAA